AUGACAGGAUCGACUCUGAACAAUAGGGCUCCAACUGGAACGCUUGGCGAAAGUGGCAUCGUGGAGCCCAGACAAGAUGUUAGCGCUGAGAACUGUGCGCCCGCGUUCUCCCAGGCAGACGACAGCGAUGCCGAAAGCGAGAAGAACUCCGAAAGGCCGAAAUCGAGGGAAGGUGCCACCAAGGAUAUCGAUACCGUCGUAACAGCAGCCGAGCAGCCUCAGCAGCAAACCCAUGAUCCAGAAAAGAACGACAGAAACACCAAACCCCAGGAAUAUCACAACCCAGUCACCAAGAAACAAAAAUGGCAAUCCCACCUCCUCACCUUCCUCAACGACCAAUGGUUCCUCCUCACAAUGGGCCUCCUCAUCAUCCUCGCCUCCCAAACCCAAGUCCCCCAAUCCCAGCAACCCCUCAAAUCCCGCAUAAUAUCCUACCUCUGCGUCUGCAUUAUCUUUUUCGCCACAGGUUGUACCCUCGACACCAGCAUCUUAAUCCGAAAUUACGCGCGCUGGAAAGCGCAUCUUUGGGUUCAGGGACAGUGUUUUUUGCUUUGUUCGGGGAUUAUGUUUGGGGUUGUGAGUGCGACGGCUUUGAAUCGGACGUUUAUGGAUGAGGGGUUGUUGGUCGGGUUGGUUUUUAUGAGUUGUAUUCCUACGACGUUGGCGACGAAUGUGGUUAUGACGGGGUUGGCGGGCGGGAAUCAGGAAUUGGCGGUUGUGCAGGUUACGUUGGGGAAUUUUAUUGGCGUCUUCAUCACUCCAGCUUUGGUCAUAAUGUAUACCUCAGUUCCCACAUGGUACAACGCCGUCCUCCCAUCUAGCAACGCCGCCCUGUUCACAGAAGUCUACCGCCGCGUCCUCAAACAAGUCGGAGUCUCCAUCUAUAUCCCUCUCUUCGCCGGCCAAAUCGCACGCUACUUCUUCCCCAACCUCUGCCAAAAAAUCUUCAAACAAAACCCCAUCAUGAAACGAAUCUCCAGCUUGGCAAUGCUGGUAAUCAUCUGGUCCACUUACGAUCAAGCUUUCGCAUCUGGAGCAUUCGAUACUGUGAAAGCUUCGAAUAAGAUAUUCCUCGUCUUCAUCCUCCUCGCAAUCUGGUUAGUGUAUCUCGGAAUCUCUGUCACAGCGAGUUUACCAUUGUUUGAGAAAAAGGAUAUUGCGGCGAUUGCGUAUUGUGUUACGGGAAAGGGGCCUGCGACGGGGAUUCCGCUGAGUAUUUCGAUUUUUGAGGGGUUGGAUUUGGUUUUGGAGAGUAAAUUGCAGAUUCCGGUUGUGAUUUAUCAGAGUUUGAGUAUUGGCUUUGGGACGAUGAUUAUUCCGGUUUUGAGGAGGUGGAUUGCGAGGGAUGAGAGAAUGUCGACAGGGAAAGUAUGA